CAGCUGCUGCCACCUGCUGGACACAAGGAUUAUAAUCCUGAUCCUGAGCACAGAGACGCAGCUGAUCGGCUGAAGGCGGAACUAAAAGCUGAAGAGAAGGUUCCACCCGGUCUACAAACACUGUAACACAUCCGCUCCUUGCGUGGUUUGAUUCCAGAACCUUUUCAGGUGAUUUGCUGCGAGCUGAGGAAACUAACAGAUCGAUCUGAUUGGCUCGGCUCAUGGACGGACUGGAGGAGAAGCUGAAGGGUUUGUCCCUAACCCGGCGGUCCCAGCAGGACGGGUCCAUGUACCUGCUGCACGGCGCCCUGCAGCCCGGGGGUCUGCUGGCCGUGUCCUGCUCUGACCACACAGUGCGCCUGCAGGACCGGACCACUCUGGACCUGCUGGGCCAGUACCAGGGCCACACGGGGCCUCUGUGUGGUCUGACCUUCGCUCGGACCUCCUCGGACCUGCUGUACUCGGGCUCUGCUGACGGGACGGUGCGGGCGUGGGACGUGCGGCGCCCCGGGACAGAGGCGGUCCAGGUGUUCUCAGGUGACCCGUGUCACAGGUUCUGCAGCGUGGACCUGAACUGCAGCGACUCUCUGCUGUGUGCCGGCACCGAGCAGGUGGACAGGGAGGACAGCUUCCUGGUCUUCUGGGACUGCAGGAAGGCCGGGGGCCGGCUGCUCGGGGUCUUCUCUGAGUCGCACAGUGAUGACAUCACACAGGUGUGCUUCCACCCGCGGGACAGGGACCGCCUGGCCUCGGGCUCCAUGGACGGCCUGGUGAACGUGUUCGACCUGAGCCAGGGGCCGGAGGACCAGGCGCUGCUGCUCACCUGUAACAGCGACUCGUCGGCAGCUGUGGUGGUCUGGUCCGGACCGGACCACAGCCAGCUGCUGUGUCUGAGCCACGCCGAGGGGCUGCACCUGUGGGACGUGGCCCAGCUGGAGUCGGACCGCCCUCUGACCCUCUUCAGCUGCCGUGACGCACGCAGCCUGACGCCGCUGCCUGGUGGGCGGGGCCUGGACUACCUGGUGGGGGGGCAGUGGCUGGAGGAGGAGCAGACCCUGCUGGUGGUGGGGGGGCAGAGCGAGGGGGACCUGCACCUGAUGGGCUGUGACAGCGGGGGGCUCCGCCUGCUCAGCAGCCUGCAGGGGGGACACACGUCCACGGUGCGCUGCUUCCUGUGGGACGCUGAGGGACACGCCCUCAUCACCGGGGGCGAGGARGCUCAGCUGCUGCUAUGGAAACCAGCUGACAACAAGCAGCUGGGGGGGCGGAGUCAGCUGGAGGGGCGGAGUCAGCUGAUGAAGAGCCACUCUGCUCUGAAGGUCAGGUCCAGAACCCACAGGAAGACCGGCUACCACAGAGACAAGAAGGACUAGCUGCUGGGUUCCUGUUGGACCAGAACCAGGCAGGACUCUGAGUCCACCAGAACCAGAACCACCAAAACCAGCAGAACCACAGCCAGGACUCUGAGUCCACUGGUCCAUCAGAACAAGCAGCUCCAGCCUGCCUGUAGAACCUGACAGAACCGGUCCUUCAUGUUUACUCCAGGAUGUUCAGAACCAUGUGUCAGCUGAGUUUACAGAACUCACUGUGGUUCUGGACUGGUUCUGAACCUGCUGCUCCGUGCACUGACUGGAUCUGACAGAAUUACAAAUAAAGGCAGAAAUACAUCGAAGGACCAAAAAAUAAAUAAAUACACUUAAAAUGUAACAARUAAAUGAAAAAAGGAGACGUUUACCUCAUGUUUUAUUAUUUAUUUAACCUUCAUAUUUAUGUUUCCAGCUUAGUUCCAAUAAAUUAUAGAUAUUAG